CCCUCAGGCUGCAGCCUCGGUAGUGGCCGUGGGCUCCCCGAGAGGCUCCCCAAAUGCGUGGAGUGGGGGCAGCGCGGGCGCACCGGGGCUGGGGGCGGAGGCGGGGGCGGAGGCGCCGGGCUUCCGACUUCCUGAAGGUAUAGAGAGGAGCACCCGCAGUCAGCACCCGAGAUCGGGCCAGCUCCGCUGCCCUCCUACCUGCCCAGGCGGCAGUUGCGGUUCAGUGGCAUCAAGUUUGCAUCUACCCGACUGACUGACUCGACGCACCGAGUGACGGCCGCACGUGUCCCGCGCAGGUCAUGAAGGUCCAGUUUGCCCCCAUAAACAUCCCCUUGGAGAGGAGGCUGCAGACCGCUGCCGUGCUCCAGUGGGUCUUCUCGUUCCUUCUACUGGGGCAGCUGUGUUGUGGACUUUUUGUGAUACUGCUUUAUAAAAACUACUGGUUCCUCUAUGUCCCCUAUUUGGCGUGGCUCUACUUUGACUGGAAAACCCCAGACUCAGGAGGCAGGAGGUUUGACUGGGUCAGAAAUUGGACUGUUUGGAAGUACUUUAGGGAAUAUUUUCCAAUGCAGCUCAUCAAAACAGUGGAUUUGGAUCCAAGUCACAACUAUAUAUUUGGAUUUCAUCCCCAUGGAGUGCUUGUUGCUGGGGCAUUUGGAAACUUUUGUACAAACCAUUCGAAUUUCAAGGAACUGUUUCCAGGCUUUACUGCAUAUCUUCACACCCUUCCCUAUUGGUUUCGAUGUCCUUUCUUCAGAGAGUACCUCAUGAGCAGUGGAGCAGUCUCGGUUUCCAAACAAUGUGUAUCUCAUGUGCUAAGCAAGGAGGAAGGUGGAAACAUUUCAGUCAUUGUGCUUGGGGGAGCAGAAGAGUCACUGGUUGCACAUCCUGGAAGUUUUACUCUGUUUAUCAGCCAAAGAAAGGGGUUUAUUAAAAUGGCUUUGACACAUGGGGCUUAUUUGGUUCCUGUGUUUUCUUUUGGUGAGAAUGAAUUGUUUAAACAAGUCAACAAUCCUGAAGGGUCAUGGCUCAGAACUGUCCAGGAGAAACUGUAUCAGAAAGUGGGCUUUACUUUGCCAUUAUUUCAUGCCAGAGGAGUUUUUCAGUACAGUUUUGGCCUGAUGCCCUACAGAAAACCUAUUUUCACUGUUGAUGGAGAAGCUGAGGCCCAAGGAGGUGAUGAUUUGUCUCACCAGUUAAUGGAAGAGUUUCGACUAGAAUUGGGCCACCCUAUCCCUGUCCGACAGAAUCCGCACCCGACAUCAGAACAGAUUGAUGAAUUGCAUCAGACCUACCUGGAGGAACUAAGAAAAUUAUUUGAGAAGCACAAAAGAAAGUAUGGGAUCUCAGAACAGGAAACUCUCAUUUUUAAAUAAACAUGACUGUAUAAUGUAUCAAGGAUGCCACAAGAACUUUCUGGCGUUGAAAGAACCAUCUCUGAAUCCAUAACAACUAGUAUCUGUUGAA